GUUUGAAAUUUUCAUAUCAAAGCUUAAAAAUCUACUUAAAAACAUGUUAGAUAUUCGUAAUCUUUUUUGAAACUAUCAAAUCAAAUUCUUCUUUAGGCUGUACAAUAAAACAUGAAUUUAUUCAUAAAUUUAUCAGUGAUUGAACCGAUUCUUUUCAAAGACACAUUUGAUUCAAAUCGUUAUCGUUGCUCAGUUCAGUGUUUGAAAAUAAAUUUAAUUUCAAACCAUCCAUAGAUAUUGCCCAGUGAAAAUAUUCCUUUAUCGAAAGAUGUUUUGCAUAGGAAAUUCUUUGAAAUUAGGAUCCAGAUUAGGUACAAGAUGUAUAGCGAGUCUGUCUUCAUUACCAGAAACACAUCAAAUGCUACAAAAGACAUGUCGUGAUUUUGCAGAUAAUGAACUUGUCCCCAAUGCAGCAAAAUUCGAUCGCGAACAUUUAUUCCCAGCUGAGCAAAUUUCUAAGAUGGGAGAGCUUGGAUUGAUGGCCAUAGCCGUGAAAGAAGAGUUUGGAGGGACAGGAUUAGAUUAUCUGGCAUACGCAAUUGCGAUGGAAGAAAUAUCACGUGGAUGUGCGAGCUGUGGCGUCAUCAUGUCAGUGAAUAAUUCACUUUAUCUUGGUCCAAUCCUACAUUUUGGUAAUCAAACUCAAAAGGAAACAUUUGGAACACCUUAUACAUAUGGAACUCAUAUUGGAUGUUUUGCACUGUCAGAACCUGGUAAUGGAAGUGAUGCAGCUGCUGCUCAAACUACCGCAAAACUCGAGGGAGAUAAAUGGAUUUUAAAUGGAACUAAAAAUUGGAUCACAAAUGGACGUGAUGCAGGAGCUGCAGUCGUGUUUGCGACGACUGAUAAAUCUUUAAAACAUAAAGGAAUUUCAGCAUUUAUUGUACCUAAAGGAUCUCCAGGUUUCUCCUAUGGGAAGAAUGAAGACAAAUUAGGAAUUCGAGGUAGCACAACAUGUUCGCUUAUUUUUGAAGAUUGUGCGAUUCCUAAGGAUCACAUGUUAGGUGAACCUGGAUCUGGAUUUAAAAUAGCAAUGAAAACACUUGACGAAGGAAGAAUUGGGAUUGCAGCUCAAGCAUUAGGAAUUGCACAAGCAUCACUUGAAUGUGCUGUUGAUUAUGCAAAUAAAAGAAUCGCUUUUGGAAAACCAAUCAGCAAACUUCAAUCAAUUCAGAACAAAAUUGCUGACAUGUCUUUGAAGUUGGAAUCUGCAAGACUCCUUACAUGGAGAGCAGCUGUUUUGAAAGAUUCAAAGAAGCCAUUUACAAAAGAAGCUGCAAUGGCGAAAUUAGCAGCAAGUGAAACUGCAACUUUUAAUUCGCAUCAAGCGAUUCAAAUUCUCGGAGGAAUGGGAUAUGUCUCUGAUAUGCCUGCUGAGAGACAUUAUCGAGAUGCGAGAAUUACAGAAAUUUAUGAAGGCACUAGUGAGAUUCAAAGGCUCGUUAUAGCUGGAGCAGUUAUUAAAGAAAUGAGUUAAAUUUAAAUAUAUUUUUUGUCUACUUUUAUAAGAAAAUGGGAUGAAAAGUUGGUACACUACCUUGAUGGUCCAUUAAACGAUUUAAAUAUUUAUCACUUAUUAUUUCAUCAAUAAAAAGUUCUUUUAAACUUAAAA